GAUUCCUUAAUACCUUCCCUCCCAUCCCAUGUUGCAAUCCAAUCUCCCUCCUGUUCCCUUCCUCCUGCCUCGCUCUCCUGCGUGGGGCCCUCGUUCCAUCCCCAAACUCCCUUUCGUCUCCUCUUGUCUCGUCCAGGACCAGGAGGAACCGGACCGGGCGGUUGACCCUGGUCCCGAACCGCCGUCGUCGCCGCGGCGCGUGAGCACGCAGCUGAAUCGUUGGUCCCGGGCGCGUUCCAUCCGUUCCGGCCGCCGGAUCGAUUGGCCUUCCCUCCGGAAAAAGAUCGCUGGGCCGCCCUCGCCGACACCCCCACCCUCGUCUCCGCCUUCCGAUGCGAGCGUCCGGCAAAUCGUGGCCGCGGAAGGGAUCGAGGAGGACGGGGGCGAGGAGGAUGGGUGCGAAGUGAUGGAGGGGAAGGCCAUCUACAUGGUUUCGGACGGAACGGGGUGGACGGCUGAGCAUUCUGUGAACGCGGCGCUGGGACAGUUCGAGCAUUGCCUCGUGGACCGCGGCUGCCCUGUCAACACUCACCUCUUCUCCGGGGUGAGUCCAUCCUUUCUGUCGUUUGUGCAUUCUUAGUUAUAUACCUAGCAUUGCCAUGCAGGACAGAAGAAACGUCGAAAGGAGCAAUCUUUAAAACCGUUGGCUUUAUACUUUGUUCUGUUUUUUCGUGUACUCGUGUAGCUUCAGGGCAAAACCUUCAUACAGGAAAGAGUUAGCGUGAGGCUGUUAAGGAAACUUAGUGGCUCGCUGAUCACUUAACAUGUUUGAUGGAAUGUCUACAAGGAGUUUUGAUCAAUUAAUGGGGAUGGUACAAAUAGGGAUGCAACUGAAAGUUUUUGUUUGCGCUGUUAAAUAAUCGAAUUUGAAUUAUAUGUGCCGUUAAAUAAUCGAAUUUGAAGUGCUACUCCUACAUCAUAU